GCAUAUUUUGCUGGGAUGUUCCGUGUCGCCAACGUGGAGUUUAUCCCAGAGUACCGUCAGGCUGAGUCCCAUGAGUUUGUGUCCAUGGCGAGCAAAAUACAGCAUGUGGUGAGCAGUGUGUUCAAGAUGUCCCCAGUCUCCAGGCUGUACAAGCAGGCUGUCAUUUCAGACCUCAGUAGCAACAAUAAGGGUGGUGUGUUAGUGCAUUUCUGGAUGGUGUUUGUGGUCCCUCGUCUGAAGAGCCCAGCCGUGUGUGAGGAGUGUGUAGGAAUCAUUCUCAGAGACUCGAUCCUCACCAGUCUAAAGAACAGGUCCUCUGUAGGCUACCUGCUGGGUCUCCCAGUCGAUAUAGACUCCAUCCUCAUCAAUGCUGUCCUGCGCUCAGAUUAUACAUCAAAUGCAGCAGGCUCACAGUGUGUAGAUAAGAUGUAUGCCAACAUUCCUGGGGUGAGGGUCUCUUUAAACGUCUUUUCAUCAUGGGGUGGUGUAAGUUGCCAUGUAAAGCUCACUGCUGUUCCCGGCUCCCUUAUCCGUCUGACUGUCACCUCGUUCCUCAUUGAGCCCAGCGACUGUGUGAAUGACGCCCUGACUGUGUAUGAUGCUCUGCUGCCCAUGAGAGGGCGCAUUCUGCACAGGCUGUGUGAUCCAGUGUCCAGCUCCUUUUCCCUGGUGUCUACCUCCAAUGUCAUGCUGCUGUCCUUCAGAAUGACUAAUGGCAACAAGAACUUUAGAGGAUACUUUGAGGCCAUCACUGAAGAAAUGUGCGUGUCUGACAUUGAAACUGCAUUAGACCCUGACAUCACCGGUCAGAUCUUCAGCCCCUUCCACCCGAGCCUGCUGCCUCCUCAGUGCUCCUGCACCUGGAGGUUUCAGACCCCUAACUCUGCUUUAGGAGUUGCUCUGCAGUUUGAGAACUAUGUACUGAAAUCAAAGGAUAUGAAGGGCUGUGACCAUGGCUGGUGGAAGGUUAAUGAGAUCAUUUUCUGUGGCAGCUAUGUGGGACACCGCACAGUGUUUCGGAUCGCUGACAACAACCCAGAGGUGGAGUUUCGCUGCAGCUCACGCAGCUCUGAUCACCCUUUUCAAGCAUCUUACAGCAGCUACAAUAUCAGCCAACCCUGUCCAGACAGUCACUUCCUGUGCUCUACAGGACUGUGUGUUGAGAAGAGUCGACGCUGCGACGGUCUGGACGACUGCCAUGAUGAAAGUGAUGAGGUCUUCUGCUCGAGGCCCACUAAGCACUGUGGUGGCAAUAGUCCAAUGCAUCCUUUGUUUGUGUGCAAUGGAGAGACAGAUUGCACCAACGGAAUAGAUGAGAUCAACUGCACUCAGGAAACAACCUGCUCAGUAAUCCGUUAUCAGUGCAGCAGUGGCUCCUGCAUCCUAAAAAAGAACGCAAAGUGUGAUGGUAUUCCUGACUGUCAGGACCAUAGUGAUGAGGAAGACUGUGCCUGUGGUCGUCCCUCCCCAGUGAAGAGGGUGGGGUCAUCUACAGGACCCCAGCGCAUUGUGGGCGGAGUCAACUCUGUGGACGGAGAGUGGCCUUGGCAGGUCAGCCUCCACUUUGCUGGUAACCUGUACUGUGGCGCCUCUGUCCUUACCUCUAAUUGGCUUAUCUCAGCUGCUCACUGCUUCAGCAAGGAAAGGCUGUCUGAUCCCCGCUACUGGAGCGCCCAUCUCGGCAUGCUGACACAGGGCAGUGCCAAACACGUGGCAGAGAUCCAGCGGAUUGUGGUGCACGAGUAUUAUAACGCGCACAUGUUUGACUACGACAUCGCCCUGCUGCAGCUAAAGAAGCCCUGGCCUCCCUCCCUCAGCCCGCUGGUCCAGCCUGUGUGCCUGCCAGCCCCUUCCCACACUGUCACCGACAGCCACCGCUGCUGGGUUACUGGGUGGGGAUACCGCUCUGAGGAAGAUAAAGUGUUGCCCUCAGUGCUGCAGAAAGCCGAGGUGUCCAUACUGAGCCAGACUGAGUGUAAGAAGAGCUACGGACCUGUCUCACCACGCAUGCUGUGUGCUGGGGUCGCCUCUGGAGAGCGGGACGCCUGCAGGGGGGACUCAGGGGGUCCUCUGUCCUGUCAGGCGCCAGGUGGGGGUCGUUGGUUCCUGGUUGGCAUUGUCAGCUGGGGGGCGGGCUGCGGCAGACCAAACCUACCUGGGGUCUACACCAGGGUCAACAAGUUCACCUCCUGGAUUUACAGCCAUAUCAACUGA